AUGGGCUCAAUGGACCCCAGCGGCUGGAGGCUUCUAAGAGUUGGCGUCAUCGGAGGUGGCAUUGGAGGUUUAUCAACAGCCAUUGCGCUGCGUCAAGCCGGUCACGAAGUCACCAUAUACGAGCGGAAUGACUUCGCAGGCGAGGCUGGAGCAUCAGUUUCAUGCGCAGCAAACGGUACUCGCUGGCUACACGAAUGGGGGGUUGAUGUGCAAAAAGGGGAUCCUGUUGUUUUGAAGAAACUCAUCAAUCGAGAUUGGAAGACUGGCGAGCCUGUCAGCGUUUACGAUCUCGAUGACUAUGAAGAGAGGUGGGGUUACGCCUACAACAUGUUCCAUCGCCAGUAUAUGCACAAGAUGCUUAUGGAAUGUGCGUUACAAGAAGAGGGCACUGGAACGCCAGUGAAGCUAUUGGUGAAUUAUCCGUGCGAAAGCAUAGACGUUGAGACGGGUGUGAUCAGAUUCUCCAACGGCACCAAGGCACAACACGAUCUCAUUGUCGGAGCAGACGGCAUAGGAUCAGUAACACGAAAGAUCAUCGGCAUAACCACAGAAAAGCGCCCAGCAGAAUCCAGCUGCCUGCAUGCGAACGUCAUGACAAAAGACGUCCGAAAGCUCGGGCUCGUCGAUUACUCUCUCAACAGUGCACUUGAGUACUGGGGCGGCCAAGAAGGCAAGUGGGACAAGAUCGUCUUAUCGCCUUGCAAUGGCGGCGAACUUCUCUCAUACUACUGUUUCUUCCCACGCGCCGCGGGAGACUAUUCGAAUCACACCUGGGGCGGCGCCGAUCUUCCUGUUGAAGAACUUCUUGCACCCUAUCCUGAGCUCGAUGCGCAGGUAAAAGCUCACCUCGCUAUUGGUAUUGAAGUACGACCUUGGCGGCUUUGGGUGCAUCAGCCAUAUCCGUACGUUGUCAAGAACGAUAUUGCACUGAUUGGCGAUGCUGCACAUCCGAUGAUGCCGCACCAAAGUCAGGGAGCGUGCAUGGCCCUUGAAGACGCAGCUGCUCUGGGUAUUCUUUUCAACAAGGAUUACUUCAAAGGAGAUGUUAGAGAGUCACUCGCCAUCUAUGAAAAGGUUAGACCUCCUCGCGCCACGAAAGUCCAGGCUUCAGCUGCCAAAGCAGCAUACAACAUCAACGAACGCAUUGGGUUUUCUAGUAACACGUCAAUGUCCAACUACAAGGUAGAGGACGAAGCAAAGAAGUUGACGAUCGAAGAGAUGAAUGGCUAUGACAUGUACAAGGAUAUCGAUCAGGCUUUUGCAGAGAGGGAGGGGAGGAAAUAUACUGACACAUAUGUGAGAGGUCUGCCUUUUGGAUUGAAGUUGUCGAACGGGAUCACUAUUGACGGCAACAUGGAAAUGCCGUGUCCGUAG